AUGUCCAAGGCCAGCAUGGUGGAGGAGCUCAAGGAGUACCAGAUCACACCGCACCCCAGCUGGGGGAUCAACGAAGUGAGGGAGAUGCUCAAGGAGCAGAGGGCAGCCAGAACGGGCGAUGUGGAAGCCCCCAAAGGGUUGUCGAAGAUGACAUUGGACCAGCUGGUGGCAGAAGCCAAGCGAUGCAACAUCAUGCUCCCGGAGCGCCCGACGAAGGGCGUCUUGGCCAAGAUGAUUCGCGACCACAAGGUCGCGCCGAACGACACCAUCGUCGGCUUCGGCAGGUACAAGGGGUGGGCGUACGCCCAGCUGCCGGGCGACUAUUUGGAGUGGGUCCUGACCGAGUGGAAGACGGCGGAGAGCUGCAGCGACGACCUGGCUCGCCUAGCCCGGUGGUGGGAAGAACAGAAGAAGACCAAGGGGCCGCCGCCGCGCACCCGGACUGCCCGAGGACGACCCCGAGAUGACGGCUACCGUGCCACCGCCGGCCUUUCGCGCCGCACAGAGCAAAGGAAACCCCAGCGGCAGCAGCCACGAGUCAGCCCGGCGGGUUCCCCGAGCAGGUGCUCGCUAAGUCCGCGGAGGGCCCGCCCCGACAAAAACACCAAGAAUUCGAUUCAGCGCGAGCUCGCGGAGCUGAAGGCGAGGAUGGAGCACUUGGCGGCGAUGGCGCAGAAGCUCGAGGACGAGGACACCAACAAGAAGGCCAAGGAGAGCCACCCUCGCGCGUUCCUCCUGGGGACGGCGUGUCGGGAUAGGAUCCUCAAGCAGGCCCGGCAGCUCAAGAGGCACCUGGCGACCGAGAGAGCAGUCUACGACUCCAGCUCGGCUUCGAAGGCAGCCAAAAGAGAAGAGCAGCCCGAGCACACGACGAGCCACGCCAACAUCUACGUGGUUGGCGGACACCCUUCUCUACAGGAGGCCCUUCAAGAAGGCGAGGGCGAGGAGCUUCCCCGGACCGAGCCGGCACAAUGGUCUAAGAAGGCCGCUGAGAGUGUCUUUGAGAAGGUUGCGUUGGAACGGCCCCAAGUCCUGUGGAUCCACCUUCCCGAAGGCGUCUGGGAGCGAAAGCCCGGUGCCGGGCCCAAGCAUGCCAGGCGCGGGAACAAGGAGCACCGCAGCAUUUUGCAGGUGGUGCUGGAAGCGAUGGAGCAGCAAGCGGUCGACCAGCGCGCGGUGGUGAUCACGCACCCGACCGACAGCGAGCUCUGGAAGGCGCCUGGGGUCCUCAAGUGGGAAGCGGCGUGGCCACACCAGGUCAUCUACUACAAGGUGAAGCGGCCCGGCCACGACACAGGAAUCCAGAUGAAAGCCGCUCUCACCGAAGACGUCCGGGUGCAAACAGCCAGCCUGCGAGAAGAAGGCGCCCAGGGAGAUCCACUGGCCCGCGCGGUCAAGAAAGGGAUGGAGCAGUCGAGCACGGAGGCCCGGGAGGUCUACACGGGCGGCCUUCAGGACUAUAUCUCGGCCGAGCCCAACACCGAGCCCCACCUCGAGGAGCACGGGGCCAACAGCAUCCGCUUUGACCCUCGGGUGCCAGCCGCGGUCCAAAGCACGUUGCGGAGAAUGCACUGCACCAGAACCUGGGUCACAUCGGGAAUGAGGCCGGCCUCGGCCCGACCUGCAAAACCGGUGCCCCUGCUUGACUUUAACGAGGUGCUCGGGAUCGACCUGAUUUUCCUCAAAGACUCCGUGGGGGCGACCCACGUGGCGCUGAGUAUGGUCGACUACGCCUCCACGUUCCACGUGGUGGUCCCGGUGAAAGACAGGACCGCCAAAACUUUGGCGGAAGUGGUUCGCGACCACUGGGUGGCCUGGGCCGGCCCCCCGCGGUCCUUUGCACUCGACCUCGACUCCGGCUUCAAGGGGGUGUUCGAUGAGAUGUGCUACGAGUUCGGCUCCUUUAUGUCGCACGCCGCAGGCACGGCACACUGGCAACAUGGGCUGGUGGAGCGGCACAACGGAGCCUGGAAGAGCAUAUGGGAGCGAGUGGUCGACAGCGAGAUGGUCGCGGACUAUGAGGUGGCAUGGGCCGCCGCUGAGGUCAGCAACGCAAAGAACCAGUUGAGGAACAAGGACGGAUAUUCACCAAGGCAGUGGGUCUUCGGAGUGAACCCCAGGCUGCCCGGAGACGUCCUGGACGAGCCGCACAACCUCUCCGCCAUGAGCCACCUCACGACGGAUGCCCGGAUGCAGCGCAUGAACGCCGUGCGCCAAGCUGCGAGGAUCGCCUUCCUACGAGUACAAACCGACCAGGCGAUGCAGAGGGCCCUGCUGCACAGAAGCAGGGUGAAGAAGACCCACUACGAGCCUGGCGACCUGGCCGAGGAGAUCUCGGAGCUCCUGAGGGUGCGGGCCUCGAUGGACGACGUGGCGAAGACCACGGACGGAGAGGAGCUAGAGCCGACCGGGGGAGGACCGGACAUGGAGCUCGACAACGACGAGGCGCAGGAGGUCCUUUUCGGCAAGGUCGCGGCUACACAGGCCAGCCGCGAAAAGCAGAUGGAGAGCGAGAUCCCAUGGACCUCCAGCGAUCGGCCAGCAUUCCUGGAGGCCGAAGCCAAGCAGUGGGAGGAGCACAUCCAGUUUGGAGCGGUGCGGGUCUUAAGCGAGCAAGAGACCCAGGACGUGCUCAAGGAGGUGCCGGCCGAGCGGAUCUUGAACAGCAGGUUCGCCUACAAAGACAAAGCACGGGCACAGCGGCUUAAGGACCCCACCGUGCCCAUCCGGGCGAAGGCCAGGCUGUGCAUUGGGGGGCACCGAGACCCCGAUUUGGGGGUGAGGGCUCUGGCGGUCGACGCUCCCACGGCCAGCAAGGAGAGCCUGAUGCUCGGCAUGCAGUGCGCCGUCUCCGAAGACUGGUGCGCUAGCAUUGGCGACGUGCAAGCCGCCUUCUUGAACGGCGUGGACCCCUCGGGGACUCUUCUUUCGACAGCCGGCGAGAGGACUGCCCGGAGUGCCGGAGGGGAGACUCAUAGAAAUUGUGAAAGGAGUCUUUGGAUUGUCUACAUCCCCGCGGCUGUGGCUCGAGAAGCUGGUUUCAGAGAUCCUCCAGGCGGCCAGACCAAGGGGAUCCUGGAGACCCACGUCGACGACUUGCUCCUCCUCACAGAGCGGCGCCUACGCAAGAUCGUGCAAGCAGCGCUGUCCGGGAUCUUUCCGAUCUCGGAAUGGGAAGACGAUGACUUCAAGUAUGUCGGGAGCAACUACGCGAAGACUACGGAAGGGUACAAGAUCACCCAGACCGACUACGUGCAUGAGCGCCUGAAGCUCGUCGAUCUCCCGAAGGGAGCCAACCAGGAGCGGGUGGACGAAAGGCUGUUCCACGACAACAGGACGGCGGUCGGCUGUCUGAGCUGGCUGGCCAAGGAGAUCAAGGACACCAACCGGGCCAUCCAGCAGGCGAAGGACUUCCGGGAGAGCGGCAUCACGAUCGCGCCGAUUCCCCUGAAGGAGAUGAGCCUGGUGGUGUUCCACGACGCAGCCUGGGCCAACGCUGAGCCCCAGGACGCAAGCAUUGAAGAUUUGGCCGGGCACAAGGUGGGGUCACAGAUUGGCCUCCUCGUCCUGGCGGUGCAUCGCGACUGCAUCGGGAAGCGCUCCGGCCAGGUGAGUGUUCUGGCUUGGAAGCUGGUCAAGGAGGGCGAGGCGGCCGAGAUCAUGCCGAUCCACGCCGUCACCGACUGCAAGAGCUUCUACGACUUCGUCCACAGAUGCGGAACGCCUAAGCCGACGGCGGACCGAAGGCUGAUCAUCGACCUGGCCUCGCUGAAGCAGAUCUUCCACAACGAGGCCCGAGGCUGGUGGAAAAGAGAGCGAGGUGACGAUGUGCCGGCAGUCGACGACCCACUGGUGAUACCGUUCCACUGGGUGCCCAGCGGAAGCCAGCUGAGCGACGUGUUAACCAAGCAGAUGAAGCCUGACAGCUGGUGGGCCAUGAUGGCACAGCAGUUCUUUUUAGCGGUCUCGCACCAGAGAGGGUAG